UAUUGCUGGCAAACUCCACGUGAUACGUCGAUGAUUGGAUAGAAUCGGCAGUCCAGCCUCACCUUCCGGCCCCACCCGUCUCACACAGCUUAACCUUCAGCCUGCUCGACGAAUAAGCAAACCUCAUCUCGACAAACACCAGUUUGAAGACCUUCCAUGGACAUCUUACCGCGAAGCAUCCUGUUGCGCACACGUCCCACGGGCCCAGGGAAUUCCGUCUACUUCCAACGGCCUAGCCUCGCCGUGCCCUGAUCCCCGCACCAGAUCCUUCAGACCCUGAAAAGCAUCAAGACCCUUAUCGGUCCACUGGUGGACAACAUGACAGGCUUCUUGGACCUCCCUCUCGAACUCAGAAAUAAUGUUUACGAUCUCCUUCUCCACGAGGAUCUCGACCCAUCUUUCCGCGGCGUGAUGGUGGUCUCUGAAGCCUACGUCAAACGCGAUCUACCUCUCAAAACGUACCGUGGCCUCCUCCUUGUAUGCCAUCAGAUAUACCAGGAGUUCAAGACCGCAAUUCAGCAUCUUGCAGCCUCUAAGCAACUAAAUUACGACUUGGACAUCACUUUUUCUCAUGGUCGCCCUUACUUUUCGCUGACCUGGAAACGAUUCGCGGCCCUUUCACCGAUAAUUAACCACCUCCUAAUCAACGUCGACUUGCGCAUCCAAGAGCCACUCGGUGGCUUAUCUGAACAUGUUCCGCACGACCAUGAAUUGGCGCAUUUGAUUGAAGACUUUCCUGAGUCGUUUGCUGUGCAACUAUUCGAUUACAUAGCUAUCCUUCUAAAGUCCCUGUUCAACCUUCUCCUCUCCGGCAAUCCUUCCACUACCGUCCUUUACACGGAGUCCAUGACCCUCAAUCUGCGCACGCCGACGCGCUUAACAUUAUCAGGGGGUUCCCACCACAAUCCGCACGGCUGCUCGCGCCGGAUCCCCGUCGACAAGAGCGAAUCCGCCAAAUUAUGGGCGACAAUGCGCAACACGCUGCAGGCGACAAGCAAGGGGUUCCAAGCAUUUGAAGCGAGGAAGUGUGAAGAACUUUUCCCGAGGAUUCAGAUUGGCUGUUUACGAUUCGCGACUGAAGAUCGGGUCUGGGGCGAAGGGCACAAUUUGAUUCUUGCGGAGAAGGACUUCAUGUGGUUGAAGUACGGAUACUCAGAUUAUGAUGAUUGAUGAUUACGGCUAUAGAUAUCAAGCGUUGAACAGCAUUUUCGGUGUUUGGAUUGGACAUUUAGCGUAGCAUAGCGCAGCAUAUAUUUUUACUUUUCCCUCAUCCUGGGAUACACCACAUUGGAAAGCAUAUCAACGGCAAGUUGAUGUUAGAAGGACAAGGAUAGAACGAAAAGAUGCAUGAUCUAUCUUGGCAACUGCAUACUGGC